UUCUUGAGCAACUUUAUCUGCCUUAAACCUUGAAACCUCCGCCUAUAUAAUCCAAUCGUUUCUCCCAAUUUCUCUUCAUCAAUCUUUUGCCUCUUUCUUAUCCUUUGUUACGUUCGGUUUGUUAAGCUUUUUUGACUAUAUAAAAAUGGCUUCCGCAGAUGUUGAGUUUAGGUGUUUCGUCGGUGGCUUGGCCUGGGCCACCACCGAACGAACCCUUGAUGAGGCUUUCGGUCAGUAUGGCGAGAUUCUCGAAUCGAAGAUUAUCAAUGAUCGUGAGACUGGUAGAUCCAGGGGAUUUGGCUUUGUCACCUUCAGGGACGAACAUGCCAUGAGGGACGCCAUCGAGGCUAUGAAUGGCCAAAACCUAGACGGCCGUAACAUUACCGUUAAUGAAGCACAGUCUCGCGGAAGCGGCGGCGGCGGCGGAGGUUUCCGUGGUGGUCGCCGUGAGGGCGGAGGCGGAGGCGGAUACGGUCGACGUGAAGGCGGUUAUGGUGGAGGUUACGGUGGCGGCCGUGACCGUGGAUAUGGCGGUGGAGACCGUAGCUAUGGUGGUGGUGACCGCGGAUAUGGCGGCAACGACCGCGGUUAUGGUGGCGGUUAUUCUAGGGGUGGUGGUUCUUCCGAUGGAAGCUGGAGGAAUUAAAUUGAUCUUCGAUUAGGCCACCAUCUUAUUAGUGGUGGUGUAGGUCUAAAUUUUAUAGAUAAUUCAUGUUUUUGAUCUUGGUUUGCGUUUAGUUCUGGCUAUGGUUAUGGGUUCUCCGUGCGAUGUAUUCGACUGUGUCACUUUCUAUAUUGAUCGCUGCUGUUAUAUUGUAAAUCUGUAUUAACGUUGUUCCAUGGAAUUAAAUAAUGGAGAUUUGCGCUAUAAA